UCCUAUUUUCUCACCCUUCUUCCUUUCUUCUUCUUCUUCUUCCCUCCUCCCACACAGACCCACCAGCCCCCCCCAAAGCUCCACCUUCUUCUUCUUCUUUCUCUCUUUCUCUCUGCUUUUGUUCUUCCGGCUAAUCAGAACCGUCGAAAUUCUUCUUCUUUUAAUUUGUCAACUCCGGUGAGCUUUAGAGAAUCUCUGAGAGUUCCAUUUCCGAGCUUCUUCUUCUCUUUCUCUGCCCCAGAGAGUUGUUCUGUUUUCCUUUUACCGAACCCAACAAAUCUCCGUUUCACUAAAGAUUUUUCUUUCCCCAAAGGCGAGAUCUUAAUCCGAGAAGCUAUGGCGUCGUCUCCGUUGACUGCGAAUGUUCAGGUUGCCAAAGCUCCUUUGAGGAAUAGAGUUGAGGAGGAAACUGCAGACAAGCGGAUACAGUUCAAUGACAAAAGUUUUGGCGGAAAUGACUAUGCUCCCAAGAUACGGAAACCAUAUACGAUAACAAAAGAAAGAGAGAGGUGGACAGAUGAAGAACACAAGAAGUUUGUUGAAGCCUUGAAAUUAUACGGGCGAGCAUGGAGACGAAUUGAAGAACAUGUGGGCACAAAGACUGCAGUUCAGAUUCGAAGCCAUGCUCAGAAGUUUUUCUCUAAGGUUGCUCGAGAAGCAACUGGAGGUGAUGGGAGCUCAGUGGAGCCAAUUGUGAUACCACCUCCUCGUCCCAAGAGGAAACCAGCGCAUCCUUACCCACGUAAGUUUGGGAACGAAGCAGAUGGAACAAGUAGACCAGUUUCUCCGUCAGAACAAGACAACCGAUCUCCAACCUCAGUGUUGUCUACUGUUGGAUCAGAAGCCUUGUGUUCCCUUGAUUCAAGUUCACCAAAUCAAAGCUUGUCACCAGUUUCUUCUGCAUCACCACCAGCUGCUCUUACAACUACUGCAAAUGCACCUGAAGAGCAUGAGACUCUGAAGCUGGAGUUGUUUCCUAGAGAGAGACUCUUACACAAAGAGAGCUCAGUCAAGGAACCAACGAAACAAAGCCUUAUUAAACUCUUUGGGAAGACAGUUGUGGUAUCUGAUUCAGGGAUAUCCUCUACUCUGACAACUUCAACUUAUUGUAAAUCCCCAAUACAGCCAUUACCACGGAAACUCUCACCAUCCAAAACAUUACCGAUAAUAAAAAACGGACAAGAAGAGCUCUUGAGCUGCUGGAUACAAGUACCUCUUAAGCAAGAAGAUGUGGAAAAUAGAUGUUUAGAUUCAGGAAAGGCUGUCCAAAACGAAGGAUCAUCGACUGGAUCAAACUCUGGUUCGGUGGAUGAUACAGGACACACGGACAAGACCUCAGAACCCGAAACAAUGGUAUGUCAAUGGGAGUUUAAACCUAGCGAGAGGUCAGCAUUUUCUGAGCUGAGAAGAACAAACUCAGAGUCAAAUGCAAGAGGAUUUGGUCCGUACAAGAAGAGAAAGAUGAUGAUAGAAGAAGAGGAACAAGAAGAAGAAGAGAUUCAUCUCCACUUAUAACACAUUUUCUAAGGUACCCGAAAAGAAGAGACAUUAAACUUAAUAUAUUCAUUCAACCUUUCUAAAAUGUUCACCAAAGCCUUUUGUUGUUGUUGUUGUCGUUUUCAUUGUUUUGUUCGAGAUGUUUGUUGUUCUUUAGGCUAAAACUUCAGCAAAAUUUGUAACUGUAAAACUCUCUUUGUACAAUUUUUUUUCCAUAUGGUUAAACGAUUACGAGAUGGUUUCUCUUA